AUGGAUGGAACAGAUGUAAAGCGUUCUCCGUUUUCUAAGAUUUCCGGUGUUCAAGUUCGUGUUCAGAUGGAUCCAAAGGCAGUUCCAAUCUUCCAGCCAUUGAGACGAGUACCGAUUCACCUUGAAGCAGCAGUGACCGAGAAGUUAGACGAACUUCUAAAGCGAGACAUAAUCGAAAUUAAGGAAGGCCCGGCAACGUGGGUUUCGCCGCUUGUGGUCGCAAACAAGGCUAACGGAUCAAUAAGAUUAUGCGUGGAUUUACGACGUGUCAACCAGGCAGUCAUUCGCGAUCGGCACCCCAUGCCUGUUAUCGAAGAUGUUCUGGCCAGGAUUGCAAGAGGGAAGAUCUGGAGUGUACUAGAUAUUAUGGACGCGUUUUUCCUACUGGAGCUUGAUGAAGAAAGUAGAAAUGUGAUGACGUUCAUUACUCAUCGUGGGCUUUAUCGAUUCAAGCGCCUUCCCUUCGGUCUUGUCUCUGCUCCUGAAAUAUUUCAAAGAACCAUGGAUCAAAUACUAGCAAACUGUGAAGGCGCUUACUGGUACCUUGACGAUGUAGGAGUCGAAGGAAGCACCGUUGAAGAACAUGAUAUUCGUUUGAAUAAGGUAUGA